GCCAGCCAGAAAAUCUUUUAAAAAUCCGUGCUCGCCAGAAAAUCAAGUACAGAUUCAUCCAUGUCUUGUAAUUAUGCUGAGGGACUUUCCAAGUAUGAAAAUAAGGGGGUACUCGGUGUGCCUGAGGAAUUCGAUUCGGAGGAGCUGGUUGAACAAAAGUGUGAGCAACUUGCUGAAAUGAUGCUAGCUUCUAGCCAUACCGUGGUACACACCGGGGCGGGUGUCAGCACGAGCGCAGGCAUUCCCGAUUUCCGGGGACCAAAAGGAGUUUGGACGUUGGAGGAGAGAGGCGAGAAGCCUUCGGUAAACGUUGCAUUCGAGGAAGCUAUCCCCACCAAGACACACAUGGCAUUGAAGGCGCUGGUGGCGGCAGGUCACGUACAGUACGUUGUGAGCCAAAAUAUUGACGGAUUGCAUCUACGUUCCGGACUAGCCCGGGACUAUCUAUCGGAGCUGCAUGGUAACAUGUUUGUCGAGACUUGUAUCAAGUGUCGCAGACAGUACGUGCGAAAUACCCCUGCACCAACGGUCGGCAAAAAGCUCACCGGUAACGUGUGCCACGGUACCGGCAAAAAUCGCUCCUGUCGCGGGGGCAAUCUGAUCGAUAACAUUUUGGACUGGGAACAUGAUCUUCCGGAGAACGAUCUGCAACUUGCCUUCAUGCACUCGGCGAUGGCGGAAUUAAACAUUUGUCUUGGCACAACACUGCAAAUCGUUCCAAGCGGUGAUUUGCCUUUGAAAAACAAGAAAUAUGGAGGAAAGCUGGUUAUUUGUAAUCUACAACCUACGAAACACGACAAAAAAGCAGAUUUUAAAAUAUCAACUUAUGUUGAUACCGUACUGGAGAAGGUGUGCAAACGGCUUGGAGUGGAAAUCCUGCCAUAUCGCCCAGCGGAUGAUCCUACCAAGCAUGUUCCGUGCAGUGCGGAAUGGGCCAUUCCUAGCAGUGCGGUUAAAAAAGUAGAUAAACUGUAUGAUAAGAUGGUAAAAACGAAGGGCAAAGCGUUGAAACAUGCACUCAGCUCUUCCGCUCACACUGACGAUAAGCAAGAAUUGAAACAAAAUUGUAAAAAAUUGAAAAAGGAUCCCGUGGAGGACGAAAUUAAACAGGAGAGUUCCCCUUGAACGCAA